AAGUGGAAAAUAAAUUGCGGAAAUCUCGUCGUCCCUUUCCAACCCCCGACAUAACCCUACUUCCGUCUCUAUUUCCCGCGCAUGCUCCGAAAAUCUCAACUAUGGCCUUUGGCAUUUUAAAAUAUUCUCUAGAAGCACGCAAUAGAGCGCAACAUCGCUUGAAUCAGUCGACGUGUUUGAAAAUCCGAGUAUUUUGACGAUAAAUAACUGGGAUUCUCGAUUACUGUCAGUUGAAUUUGCGCCGCUACGAAGGGUAGACGUCUCUUCAGUAAAGGGGCGGGAAUUUUACACAAUUUUUUGUGCAGCAUCUCUUGCGCGAAAUAUUAAUUUAAUUGGAAAAGUUUUAUUAUUUUUUCUGCUCAUCAAACCGACGGAAAUGGUUCUAUUUCCUGCUUAGUGUACGGUUGAAAGUUUGUUUCUCUCCGAAAAUCUUUUUCGAAGUAACUAAAUAAAAUGUUAUUGGUGGUAAAGUUGUUGUAACUUUGUCUGACUAAAUAACCGGUACAGUAUUUUUGUAAAUAUAUACGAAUGAUGUAUUAAAAGUUGCGGUGUAUAAUUAUAUUCGAGUUUAAAUAAGAAUGGCUCUAAGUUCGCUGACUCCGUCAAAUAUGCUUGGAGAGCUAGGUCGCCUUGCUAGCUGGCUGAAGGGCGACUGCCUGGCUCCCGAGGAGUAUGCAGGACUUGCUGUAACUGAAAAGUUGGAGAAUGUGCAGCUUUUGGACAAGUAUAACUUACGGAACCCGUCGAAGGGGACCCUGUACUUUGCGACCACACACCUCAUAUUCGUCGACCAUGAGAUGAGGAAGGAGACUUGGAUUCUACUGAUGCACAUAUCGUCAGUGGAAAGGUUGCCGAUCACAACGACCGGGUCUCCGCUCCUGGUGAGAACAAAGACAUUCCAAUCCGUCUUCUUCGUGAUACCUCGCGAGAGAGACUGCCAUGAGAUGCAUCAGACUCUCCUAAGGCUCAGCCAACCAGUACACAUCGAUGAGUUGUACUGCUUCUUCUAUAAAUCGACGCCAGACGACCUGCCUAAGUCGGCUGGAUGGAACUUCUUCGAUAUUCAGACAGAAUACCAGAGGAUGAACGUUCCUAACGACCAGUGGGUUCUCUGCACCGCCAACAAAGACUAUGAGCUGUGUGACACAUACCCGAGUGAGGUGUACGUGCCAGCUCGCGCGUCCACGGCGGUCCUGCUCGGCAGUGCUAGCUUCAGAUCGCGCGGUCGACUGCCCGUGCUCGCAUACCUCCAUCACAAUAAAGCCGCAAUAGCACGCUGUAGUCAGCCUCUCAGCGGAUUUUCUGCCAGAUGCAUGGAGGACGAACAGAUGUUGGAUCUGAUUAGGCGGGCGAACCCAAACUGCGGCUAUAUGUACGUGGUGGAUACUAGGCCAAGGAUCAAUGCGAUGGUGAACCGAGCAGCUGGCAAGGGUUAUGAGAACGAAGCUUUCUAUGAGAACAUCAAGUUUCAGUUCAUGGGCAUCGGCAAUAUCCACGUGAUGAGGAAGAGUCUACAGAAACUGGUCGAGACUUGUGAACAAAACACGCCUACAAUGUCCUCCUUCCUCAGCGGGUUGGAGUCCUCCGGGUGGUUGAAACACAUCAAGUCUAUCCUGGACACGUCGUGGUGGAUGGCGGGCGCGCUGGAGGCCGGCGUGAGUGUGUGCGUGCACUGCAGCGACGGCUGGGACCGCACGGCGCAGGUGUGCUCGCUCGCCGCGCUCUGUCUCGACCCGCACUACCGGACCAUCAACGGAUACCAGGCGCUAAUAGAGAAGGACUGGCUAUCAUUCGGUCACAAGUUCACAGCCCGGUGCGGGCACAUUGCGUGCGACGGUCGCGAGAGGUCGCCAGUGUUCACGCAACUACUCGACUGUACCUGGCAACUAUUGCGACAGAGACCUGAGGCGUUCCAGUUCAACGAGAGGUUUCUCCUGACGUUGCACGAUCACGCGCAUGCGUGCCAAUAUGGGACCUUUAUAGGGAACUGCGAGAAAGAUAGGCGGGACUUACGGUUAUCAGAACGUACAUUCUCUCUAUGGGGCUACAUGGCGAGUCAUUUGAACGAGUACAAGAAUCCGUUGUACAACCCCAAGUCUCACCCUGAUGUACUGAAACCAGACUUAAGUGCACAGAGCAUAAGGUUCUGGCGUGGCAUGUACUGCCGACACGAGAGUGGCGUCCACCCCAGGGAGGCGCUGGCAGACCUCCUCCCUGCCGCCGUGGACCAUACCUCCGCGCUACACCUGCACAUCAACUACCUCACCAAGAGAAUUACCACAUUCAAGAAUUUGCUGUCGGGUAAAAAAGGGGACAAAAACAAGGAUACGACUGUUGUCAACUAUCAGAAUGGCAACGUAAACUCAGUAGAGAUCGAAACUAAGACUGAAGCCCUACAAAUCGACAACAAAUUACUAUACGAGUCUGGUGGCACUCUAUCGGAGUUGGAGUGCGCGAACCAUGACCACCCGCUGAAGGAGGUCUCAGCCCCUACCAAGCCUAAUAAAAUACCUCUCAUCACUGAGAAGGCGAGUGACUCGAUACCAGCAAACUUGGCGUUGUUAGAGCAGGAAGUGAACACCGUGGCUUUGGACUGGAAGAGUAUCAAGAAUGUUACCGAAUGCAGCUGUUCCACUCCUCUAGACCACUUCAGCAGGAAGCACCACUGCUGGGGCUGCGGGCGCUGCGUGUGCACGCGUUGCAUCGCGGCGCGCGCCCCCCUCCCCGGCCUGCACGCGCCCCGCGCCGCCCCCCUCUGUGCCGCCUGCUGCCCCCGCACGCCCGAUCACUGCCCGCCCGACAUAGUGACGCCAGCCAACUGAAGAAUUCAAAACUAAGAAGGAUAAAUAAUAACAUAAACAGGAUAAUUGUGCCACAAUACUGCGGUUAAAAAUAUUUACAAAUUGUUCAUAACUUUAUCCCAUACAUAAGGAAAAAUGUUCCCUUUUCUGUAAACAUUUUUAACAACAAUUUGAGAGCACCAUUAAGGCCAACUUUUCAAUCAUCAGUUAAUUCUUACCUGUAGAAUAAAAUUUACAUUAAUUUGACAGCUUUUAGUAUGGAUGGAAGAAUAAUCAAAUAUUCAAAGUUAUUGCUCAGUUAAAAUUCUAUCUGAUGUUGGAAAAAUCGACCCUAAGUCUUUAAAUAUAAUUCUCAAAGUAUUUUCGGUAAUUAAUUUAAGUAUAAUGAAGAAAUUAUAUUUAAUUAAUGAUAAUUAUGAAUGCAAUUUGAAUAUACUGAGUAUAUUGGAAACUCAAGUUACCAACAAUGCUUUAUAGGUACCUAAUUAAAAUAAAUAUCAGCCUAUAGCUAUCUCGAUUGUGGCUCGGUAUGUCUCACAAAAUUUAUAAUUUAAACGUUUUGUCCGAUUCCUAAUAUCGACUAGACAAUCCAAUAAUUAAAAUAAUUCAUAAUUUAAGGGUUUUUCUUCAGAUUUAAUGAUUCCUAAUAUUUUUACGCUCAAUAGAUCCACUAUGUAUAAGUACAAUUUAGUUUUAUAAGAAUAAAGUUCCAAACUUAUUUUGUAAAUAUAAACGAAUUUAUUAUUUUUAUUUUUUUUUUUUGGUAUAUAUCUACUAUUUGUCACAGUUCAUUGCGUAUGGAGAAGUGCAGAAUUUAAUUAAAAUAAUGUAGUUGAUCCUUAUUUUUUGUAAAUAUGUGUAUUGUACCUAAUAUGUUUCAUUUAGUAUAGAAAAAUAUAAAAUUAAAUAUGUGUAUAUAU